AUGGUCGACGCAGCAUUCUACCAAGAAGAUAUCCAAGAGGGAUACUUCUUCGCCGGUAGGAAAUAUGCUCGCGUCAAGUGGACUCCAUACGGAAGCGAGGAGACCAGAACCUGGGGUCCAGUUCCAAUCAAGGACUACUGGGGAUCCUUGAACAAGGCCGGAUUUGGCACCGUUGAAGCCGUUCUUCCCGUCGACGGAGCUACCACCGAGUUUUAUUUCUUCCACGGCUCGAGUGUUGCCCGUAUUAAGUUUACUCCCAAAGCGGGAGACGAUUCUAUUACCGAUGGUCCCCUGAAGAUUACUGAGAAGUGGAAGUGUCUUGCUGGAAAGGGCUUCGAUACUGUGGAUGUUACUUUGGCUGUUCCUGGCAAGACGAACGAGGCCUACUUUUUCAAGGGAACCAGAUACGUUCGGCUCAAUGUUGUAGAUGAUAGGAUCGUCUAUGGGCCCGCGAACGUCGUCGAUGAAUGGCCGGGUCUUGCCAAAGCCGGCUUUGAUUCAAUCCAGGCAUCGAUCCCGAUCCCUAAAGAUAAGGCGAAAUUGCCUGGUGAGACAUAUUUCUUCAAAGGUGACAAAUAUGUGAGGGUUCAGGUCAUCGCCUCCAAACCGGACGUCCUCACUUGGGGACCGUAUAAGCUUGACGACUAUUGGAAGACACUUGAUUGGCUUUGA